UCUCUCUCUCUCUCUCCAGCCACCUCCGUUCCUCUGCUUCUUCUUCGCCUCUCUUUCUCUCUCUAGAUUAUUCCUACACGGAGAGGAUGCGAUUCCGCGUCGUGAAAUUACGAAACUGACCUCGAAGCAGCGGCGGCCUGAGAUUUGGAAUGGCGAUUGUGACCGGCGAUCGCUACCUGGAGAAGCUAGUCCAGUUCGUGGACAGCCACGCCGGUUCUCUGAUCGACGGCUCGUUAGUGCUGAAGCUCAACCCGGCCGGCUUCCACUACGUCCACUCGCGCCUCGAGGCCUUGCACGAGCUCGAGAGCCUCCUUGCCGGCGCUCCCGUCGACUAUCUCCGAGCCUACAUCUCCGACCUCGGCGACCACCGCGCGCUCGAGCAGCUCAGGAGGAUUCUGAGGCUUCUUACCUCGCUUAAGGUCGUCUCGGUGCUGCCGGCGUCGGCUAAGGAUCCCACGCCGCUGUCGUUUUGGCCGUUCGGGAGGCUUAGGGUUUUGGAGCUUCGAGGUUGCGAUUUGUCCACGUCGGCGGCGAAAGGCCUGCUCGAGUUGCGGCACACCUUGGAGAAGAUCGUCUGUCACAAUUCAACUGAUGCUCUGCGGCAUGUGUUUGCGAGUAGAAUUGCAGAGAUCAAGGACUCGCCGGUGUGGAACCGGCUGUCAUUUGUUUCGUGUGCUUGUAAUGGCUUGGUUCUGAUGGAUGAGUCUUUGCAACUACUUCCGGCGGUGGAAACCCUUGACCUCAGCCGAAACAAGUUUGCAAAAAUUGACAAUCUUCGCAAGUGUGGCAAAUUGAAGCACCUAGACCUUGGUUUCAAUCAGUUGAGAACGAUUUCGUCAAUUGGUGAGGUCACCUCACGACUACUUAAACUUGUUUUGAGGAACAAUGCUCUAACUUCGUUGCGUGGGAUUGAGAAUUUGAAGUCACUUGAAGGGCUUGAUGUUUCCUACAAUAUUAUUUCCAAUUUUUCAGAGUUAGAGUUCCUUGGUGGUCUUCCAUCUCUACAAAGCUUGUGGUUGGAAGGGAAUCCAUUAUGUUGUGCCAGUUGGUAUCGGUCACAAGUAUUUAGCUAUUUCUCUAUUCCGGAAAAAUUGAAGUUAGACGAUAAGGAAAUCAGCACCAGAGAGUUUUGGAAUAGGCAACUAAUAAUUGCCAGUAGACAGAAGCGACCUGCAAGCUUUGGGUUUUAUUCUCCUGCAAAGUGUGAUGAUAAAGGAGGUGCAAGUAUCAACAUAAGAAGGAAAAAGGUGUCUCGUCUUGCCUCCAUUGUAAGUGAAGAAGGCAGCACAUCACUAUGUUCUGAUCAGGAGUCUGUGUCUUGUGACAAUGAGAUACAUAGCAAAGAAGAACUUGUAAUAUCUGAUGAGGAAGCGGAAAUUGUUGAUUUGAUGACUAGAGUAGAGCUAAUGAAGAAAGAGCGCUCUGUUCUUUGGUUGCGAGAGUUCAAAGAAUGGUUGGAUCAUGCUCCUGAGGAUUCUGUGGACCCCAGUAGACCUAGUGGGAUAACAUUACAAAUUUCCAGGGAAAAUUAUAUAAGAGAAAAGGCACACAAGAGGCAGCUUGGCGACAACUCCAGGUUUGUCUCAGACUAUGCUCAAGCUUCAGGAGAUGAGAGCAGUACAAAUGUUUUAAAUUCAGAUACUUCCUUCUUGGAUAUGUCUACUGGUUUGCACACCCAUCACUUUGAUCAAGUUGGUUCCUUGGGGAAUGCUGGUUUUGUUAUCCCUAUUGGCAUGAAGAGAAGACAUCUGGAUGAAGCCCUAAAAGAUAAUCCACAUGAAGGGGUGGGUAAUGUCCCUUUACAGGCAAAAGGUUUCCAUGGUCAGAUAUUUACAAGUCAAAAAGGUCGUGGGAUGGUAGAAAAUCUGAGCAUGUCAUUGUCUUCUAUAGAUGAUAUUUCUGAAUCUCGCUCAUCGUCUGUGUGUCCGGGAUCACCACCUCAUUAUCAAAAGGACAUUCUCCAUCGUCGUCAUAACUUGGAGGAAGAAAUUUUACAGUUAUCUGCAGAGUCAUUUUCAUUGGCAUCAUCUGAUAGCAAUACCAGCUGUAGUGAGGAUGAAAGCUGUGAGUCUAGGCAGUCCUUUAAAGGUAAUCAGCUACUGAAUAAGAGUAUGGAAGAAAAUCCGUCUUCAGAUCCUUUUAGGUUGUAUGACAUGAGAUAUGAGGUUCCCCAAGUAAGAGGCAGUGACAGGUGUUCAGAAGGAAUAGGUGCAGACCAAUCGCUGCGAUCACAUGCCAGUGACAUUCCUGAAGGUGAUUUGUUAGAGAGGAAAAAACACAGACAGAAAAUAAAAAGAAGAGUUGUUACACUACUUGAAGACGACAAGAUGGCUGGGCAAGCAGAAACGUUACCAAUACUAAAUGGCAGUAUGGAGAACUAUAUAACGGAAGGGGAAAAUGAGCAAGAGAAUCAAUCUCUUCAUGGGGUUAACUUUGAUGAAGUUAUUGGUAAGAACCAGAUGUUGACUAAUACAAUUAAUAUUUCACAAUUAAAUUGUAUGACUGGAUCUUCUGGGGCUGAAUGUUGCUCUUCAAGGAGUGAUGAAUUUAUUGAGGAGUAUUUUAGAAGGAAUGUUGCAGAUAUGGGAAAUAAUGAAACUUGCAAGCAGUACAUGCGCUGCUAUUGUAUACUUGAGCUGGAUUCUCUAUGUAGAGAAAGAGAAGUAGCUGUCGUGCUGAGCAGUGAAAAUAAAGUGUACAUCCUACUGAUUGGUAUUGGAGGUGAUGGAUCAGGCACUAUUUUGAAGUUGCAAGGUUCUCAUAGGGUUGAAGACAUAAGAGAAGUGGUAGUAGGUGUAGGACUUCAGGUUGUGAGGGUGUUUGUUGAGGAGAACACAACCUACCUGUUUAAAACUAGAAGCAUUGAAAGUUCAAGACAAUUACUUUCGACUUUAACAGUUAUCGAUUCUUAUUCUCCCAUUGAUAAAUUUUGUUUGAGAAGUUUGGAGCAGGUUCAGGUCGGAUUGUUUGAGAAACAAAUAUGUGGGGGUUCAAAACUGAGCAUAUUCCAGUAUUCUAUGGUGCAGUUUUGGUGUAGUCGUUGUGAAGAUGGAUCAUGGCUUUCAAGGUCAAUAUUCGUGGCUGGAGAGCAUCUAUUUGUGUGCUCUGAAGACCUCGUGCUUUUUAGCUCUUUAUCAGUGGAUAUGUCUCUUCCUCCAUAUUUCUCACUUGACUUGUGUUGCUCCAUUGCUGACAUAUCUGAGCUGGUUGUUGAGACCAGGGGUAAUCUGUGUGUAACCUUAGCUGUCGAGUGUGCAAUCUCAGAAUUCUCUUCACCCAAAGCUGGGAAAGAAGACCCGGGCGAAAAUGAAAACACAGCUUUAGGCUCUAUGACUUGGAAACUCAAGUGGUUUUCUGAAGAGAGUCUGUUCAACUUUGUGGCAUUGUUGAAGGCAAUCCAUGCUGGCUUGAGUCUUUCUCCUUUGUUGAUAAAAUGUACAUCAUGACGGUAAUUUUGUUUUUACUCACCCUCUAGUUUGGUAGAUUCUCACCCGCGGGUUUUGAUAUUCUUGUAUUCAUUUUAUUCUUUUCUUAUAGGGUUUUGUUUCCCCGUUUGGUUGCUGAUGAUGGUGAGUCUAGGAAUUCUUUGAUUUGUAUCAUACCAGUCCUCUUCAUGUACCCUUCUGUACAGUGCAUACAUCGAAUGAUAUCAGUCUCUUAAGC